AUGGAUGAAGAUGCAGAAUACUUGUUUGGGGUCUUUGUCAUCGACGACGAGGUCGAGGACUUAUUGGGGGUUGAUGAUGAUGGAGAGAGGCUUAGCUUUGGAUGGGCGAACGCCAUGGAGUUCGAAGGCGUGGAGAGAAAACGUUUGGACAUUCCGAUGAAAAACAGAUAUGAAAAUGGAGAAGGCUAUGGUGAUGAACCAGAAGGGUCAAAUUCUCGCAAGAGAGGGAAGACUUAUCAUCGCCACACCUCUCAGCAAAUACAACAUCUCGAAGCAUUUUUCAAGAAUUGCCCCCACCCGGAUGAUAGUCAACGUCGUCAAUUGAGCCAAGAGUUAGGGUUAGAGCCACAACAGAUCAAGUUUUGGUUCCAGAAUAAAAGGACUCAAACAAAGACUCAAACUAAGAGAGCAGACAAUUCUGCUCUUCGAGCGGAAAAUAGUAGGAUUCAGUGUGAGAACUAUGCAGUCAAAGAGGCUUUGAAGAAUGUCAUUUGCCCAGCUUGUGGUUUUGGAGAGCAAGAUCGGCAAAAGAGUUUGCAGAAACUUAAGUUGGAGAACGCAAAAUUGAAAGAUGAGCAUGACUAUGUAGCCUCCCUUGUUUCCAAGUGUAUUGGGAAGUCAGUCUCUCAAAUAGAUUCGUUGAGAUACAUUACUAGAUCCUCGCUGAAUUUAUCUUCAGGAUUGUUAAUGAACCAAGCAAUGAUAAGUCCGGACCUUUGUAGCCAGUUUACUAAUCCCACAAAUAGCAGUAACAAUGUUGCGCUAGCUCAUAAUUACAAGGUAAAUACCAUGAUAGAGACGGCUGCUAGCGCCAUGAAAGAGUUAACUAGAAUUUUGCAGAUAAAUGAGCCUAUGUGGACCAAGUCCAACAGUAACGGGGUAUAUGUUCUUAACCAUGAUAACUACAAUAAGAUUUUUCCAAAAGGUUAUCGCUUCAAAACCUCGAGUGCUGCACGUAUAGAAUCUUCAAAAGAUUCAGGAAUUGCGAGCAUUACUGCAAUACAGUUGGUUGACGCACUUUUAGAUGCAGAUAAAUGGGUAGAUCUAUUUCCAACAAUUGUUACGAAAGCUAAAACAAUUGACGUACUUCAAGAAGGAGCGGUUGGAACCCAUAGUGGUUGCUUACAAAUGAUGCAUGGACAAAUGCACAUUCUUUCACCGCUCGUGUUACCACGAGAUUUCUGUUUUCUCCGCUUUUGUCAGCAAAUUCAAGUUGACACAUGGGUGAUUGUUGAUGUCUCUUAUGAUUUCUUUAAUCAAAGUACUACUCAACGAUCAUGGAGGCUUCCUUCAGGAUGCAUGAUUCAAGAAAUGCCAAAUGGAUGUUCCAAGGUAACUUGGGUUGAACAUGUACAAGUUGAUGAUAAGAUCCAAACUCAUCGGCUCUAUAGAGACCGUAUGUGUGGUAGCAUCCCAUAUGGAGCGCAAAGAUGGAUUGUUACUCUCCAGAGGAUGAGUGAAAGAUAUGGUUGCUCAGUCAAUGAAAUUUCAUGUACUAGUGAAUUUGGAGCAAUCUUUGCAAUGCCCGAAGGAAGGAGUAGCGUAGUGAACCUUUCUCAUAGGAUGGUCAAGAACUUCUGUGGAAUGUUGAGCAUGUCAGGAAAACUUGAUUUCCCUCAAUUAUCAGAAAUGAAAAACAGUGGAGUUCGAGUUAACAUUCGUAAAAGUAUAGAACCAGGCGAGCCCAGUGGCAUGGUUGUCGUUGCUGCUACUUCUCUAUGGCUUCCUCUACAUUCUCAGGAUGUCUUUAACUUCUUCACAAAUGAACAAACAAGAGAGCAGUGGGAUGUCCUCUCUAAUGACAAUCCAAUGGGUGAGAUUGCGCAUAUUCCAACCGGAGCUCAUCCAGGGAACUGUAUUUCUAUUAUUCAGCCUUUUAUACCGACAGAGAGUAAUAUGCUCAUUUUGCAAGAAAGUUAUAUAGACCCUUUAGGGUCUAUGAUUAUCUAUGCUCCUAUCGAGGUAGCUACUAUCAAUAUCACAGUGGGUGGGGAGCUCAACUCUUCUCGCAUUCCUAUUCUUCCCUCGGGGUUCAUUAUCUCGGAUGAUGGUUGUCUUGGUACUGGAACUUCGAGUUACACAAACCCGAACAGGUCAGGUGGUUCACUCCUUACAGUGGCAUUCCAGAUAUUGGUUCCCUUUUCCUCACAUUCACAAAUGCUGAACGUUGAGUCUAUAGCAACCAUCAAUACUCUAAUAAGUUUGACUGUUCAAAAAAUAAAAGUUGCUCUCAAUUGUGAAAACUUGGAUUAA